AUGGUCUUUGUGCCCUCGCUGAGGCUGCUUGCAGUCUCACUCGUUGCCCUCCUCGAACCAGUAUCCGCGAUAUGGCCGGCACCGCAGAGCUUCACCAAGGGCAACUCAAGUCUGUACCUGCAUCCGAAGAUCAACGUUACCUAUAAUGGAGAACCUGUAAGGCGCCCAAAUUCCUCCUCCUCUUCCUCCUCUUUCUUUCUCUCUUCAUCCAACAACGUGGGCGGAUCUGCUGGUCCGGGCUAUGAGGGCCUGUUCACUAAAACACCAGCGCAACAACAGCUCAUCUACAAAGAAGACUAUUCCACCUCAAGCUUGAGUAGCAAAGAGAUCGUCCAUGCCGGCGUAUCGCGCGCGCUGGGCUCCAUCUUUUCCAGGAACAUCGUCCCCUGGAUGCUUCAGCCCCGCGGAAAGCUGUCUGAAUUCGAGCCCGACCUGUACAAGGGUCAGAACUGGAUCAAGUCGCUCGAGAUCGAUCAGACGGCCAAAGAUGCCAAAACCAGCUUCAAACCCGCACUGGCCGGCGAGGUCAGCGAAGCGUACAGCCUCACCCUCAGCGUCGAGGGCGACGUCAAGCUGACGGCCGACUCUUAUAUCGGUGUGCUGCACGGUCUCGAGACGUUCACGCAGCUCUUCUACCAGCACUCGACCGGCACCUCGUGGUACACGCCGUACGCGCCCGUUGAGAUCAAGGAUGAGCCCAAGUACCCGCACCGCGGCAUCUUGCUCGACGUUGCGCGCACAUUCAUGCCCGUCAAGAACAUCCUCCGGACCAUUGAUGGUAUGGCCACCAGCAAGCUCAACCGGCUGCACGUGCACGUCACCGAUUCGCAAUCAUGGCCGCUUCAGAUCAUCUCCAUGCCUGAGGUGGCCGAGAAGGGCGCCUACCAUUCGAGCCAGACGUACUCGCCCGCCGACAUCGACCUCAUUCAGAAGUACGGUGCCCUCCGGGGCGUGCAGGUGUACUUUGAGAUCGACAUGCCGGGCCACAUCGGGUCCUUGUCGCUCUCGCACCCGGACCUCAUUGUCGCAUAUGACCUGUGGCCGUAUCAGUGGUACUGCGUCGAGCCUCCUUGCGGCGCCUUCAAGCUCAACGACACCAAGGUCGACGACUUUCUCGGAAAGCUGUGGGACGAUCUGCUGCCCCGCGUUGCGCCGUACUCGGCCUACUUCCACACUGGCGGGGACGAGCUGAACAGGAACGACUCGAUGCUGGACGAGGGCAUCAAGUCGAACGAUACUGAGGUGUUGCGCCCGCUGCUCCAGAGGUUCGUCGAUAAGCAGCACGAGCGCAUCAGGAAGGAGGGCCUGACGCCCCUCACUUGGGAGGAGAUUCCGAUCGAGUGGAAUAUCAACCUUGGCAAGGAUGUCGUGGUGCAGACGUGGCUUGGUCAGUCUUCGGUCAAGAACUUGACCAGCAGAGGCCACAAGGUGAUUGACAGCAAUUACAACUUUUGGUACCUCGACUGCGGCCGCGGCCAAUGGCUCAACUUUGACAAUGCCGACUACGCCGCCUUUUCGCCCUUCCUCGACUGGUGCAACCCCUACAAGAGCUGGCGCCACGUCUAUUCGUACGACCCAGCCGCCAACCUGACCGAGGAAGAGGCCAAGCUCAUCCUCGGCGGCGAGGUGGCCGUGUGGGCCGAGUCCAUUGACCCCAUCGCCCUCGACACCAUCAUCUGGCCGCGGGCCAGCGCUGCUGGCGAGGUUCUCUGGUCCGGACGCAUCGACCCGGCCACAGGCCAGAACCGGACGCAGCUCGAUGCGGCGCCGAGGCUGUCGGAGCUCAGGGAGCGCUUGGUUGCCAGGGGCGUGCAGUCGUCGUCCGUGUACAUGACGUGGUGUACGCAGGAUCCGACGGGCAAGUCGUGCGAGUAUCCGCGGGUUUGA